AUGGACGACUUGAGCUAUGCAAUUUCUGCAGACAUCAUCUUAGAUGGUUGCCACGGGUUUGAGUCGUACAUCUCAUCUUAUACGACAGGAGAUCGAAUCAGCCGAGUUGUCGUAGUGGUUUCUUCCUGUAACAUCGAAUUCGAUCAACUUCAAAUCAAUUUCAUAGGGUACCAAAGUACACGAGCACACUUUGCAGCCCCGAAUAAAGCCCACCACCAAUUUCAAGAGAUUAUAGAGCCUAGCCCGGAAUCAAAUCUUCCAGCUCCGCAGAUCUUACGCAAGAACCAGAGGUAUUCCUUCGGUUUUGCAUUCGACAUCCCAGACAUUCUACCCCCAUCUUCCUGCCUACACAACAAGUCCGCCCCGGCCAUUGUACGAGCAGCACACCUACGACCUCCCCCAAGCCUUGGAGACGCCACCGUCUCUGGACUUGACGGCAGAUUGCGCGAUGACUUUGCCCCAGAAGCAUGUCAUAUUUCCUAUACUAUCCAACUCCAGAUUAUCCGCAUGAAUCCAGUAUCGGGCGUGGAAAAGUCAUUAUUCAUAAGGAAGCAAAUGUUACGUAUCAAGCCGGCGUUAGAUAGGAGCUUGGUUCUACACCCGGGCCUCAUUUCCCAGUCCGAGUACUCUAUCCGGGGGGAAAAGACCAUCUAUGCUAACAGGCUCAAAAAGACAGCCUUGGGGCAGCUAUCUGCAGCUAUAGAAGAUACCCCAAUCCGCAUCUGGCUCCCACUUCGAGAUCCUCAUAUCCUGAUCAGCCAAACUGUCCGGAUUACCCUCUUAUAUCACCCGGAAGAGCAUUCCAAGUCGCUGUCUCCACCCCAACUGGAUUCGGUGGAGAGCCAGAUCAUAGCACGUACUUUUCACACGACGAGUACGGACGGUAGCUAUCGGCCUUUCGAGGAAAAAAAAUGUCUCGGACAACCGACCAAAUUCCACGACAAACGAUUUCCGCCUCUUCUUCGUCCCAUAUUCUCAGUCAAUUGGCUCCAGGAUGAGACGGGUGGGUCGUUCACCACAAGUCUCCAAGUACCGGUGACACUUCCACGGGAGAAUUUCAUUCCGUCUUUCCAUACGUGUCUGGUCUCGCGCUUGUACAAUCUCGAAUAUCGGUUGAAUAUCCGUAAGGGGGGUUCCAUCACGUUGGUCGCCCCGUUGGUCAUCUCGGCAAAACGGGAUCCGGCGGCGUUGCCUUCGUACAAUGCGACUUUUGGGCCAAUUUGA